AUGUCUGUUGCCGGACCACGCGGUCAGAAACGCGGCCCAACGGUCCUUGUCACCGACGCACGCGAAGUCCGCCCUCAACCACCACGUCCUCAGCCCCAGCGAGCGGGCACCCGCUUGAUUUCGGUCGACAAUGUCCUGCAAUACGCCAGCGAGAUCCCAUCCGCCCAGCGACGCGAGACUCCAGGAGCCCGACCGAAAUCGCAUAAUCGUACGCCGUCUGGACGAUAUCCCCUCGAUCCGAAGCUGAGCGGCCGCGGUGUACCUCUGACCACAGCCCACAUUCCCGCGCGCAGCAGCAAGACGAGCGAGAAGCUGGUAUUACUGCCGGAAACGACAGAGGAAGAUGAGGAUCGUGACGGGUUUGAAGAGGAAGAUGACACUGCGCCUCCAAAGGAUGAAGAGCUGAAGAAGAGGAGAAAGCCAGGCGGUGGUGGUAGGAGUGAAGCGGAGAGAUUGCCCAAAUCACAGCGAGUAGCGGAUCCUCAACUGGCAAGAGUCACAGCGUAUUGUACAGCGCAGAGUUACAAAUUGAGGAGUACUGCGGCUUUCGUGCGAGAUCAGCACGGUGCCAAGACGAAGCUCUACGACGACUGUCUGUACUGCGUCUACAAACUUCCUCUCCUGGGUGGCAGCGACGGCUAUCGAGUUAGGAGUAGUCCAGUGGUGAAGCACCCAGGCGGCAGGAGUGUGCUGGACGAGCAGAUUGAAGCAAACGAGAGAAGACAGUACCGCGAGGGGUGGGGCGAGGAAAGUGAAGAAUACUCUGUCCGAGAAUUCAACUCGGAACCUACACCUGAUAUGCAGCAAGUACCGGAUGAGGGCACAACGAAUGGAGUACAAGACUCGGACACAUGGAAUGAAGAGCAACAAGCUGGUCGUAGAGAGAGCAGCGAUUCGUCAGCCUUCAGCUUCACAUCACCACAUGCAUCGAUAUCACCCGAUGCCCAUACAGUGGCCGAACUCUUCAUCUUCAGCUACGGUGUGGCAGUGUUGUGGAACUUCAGCCCGAAUCAGGAAAAGGACGUCCUCGCAGAUAUGACCUUCUCAUCACAAUCCAACACACCAUCUGGGAAGCAUUCGACCCACUUCUCUCAAAAAGCAGCAGCACUCGCUCCUCCGUUGACGUUACCUCUGGUCACUCGACCUCUAGACGAAAGCGACUUCGAAACGGAAGAGUUUCACUUCCAAUACGACGAGACAGCGGACAAGCCUCGAAUAUACAACGACAUGAUUACGCUAAGGACUAGCGACCACAUGAUCAAACUUGCAAUGUCUCACGCUAUUGGGCAAUCGACUAAGCUUUCAUUCUUUGAGGAGAAGAUGCAGAGAACGAUGUCAGAAGCACAGUACGUACCGAGAAGGCUGGCAUUGGAGGGAAGGCUUGGCAUGAACCGGAAAGAGGUUGUCGGCUUGGUUGGGAGACUAUUCGAAGGCAGAGUCGACGUCAAUCUUUCGUCCAACAUGCUCGACACACCCAACUUCUUCUGGGAUUCAGAACCGACCCUCCACCCUCUCUAUGCCGCCGUUCGCGAAUACCUCGAAAUCAAACCACGCAUCCAAGUCCUGAACGAGCGAUGUCGAGUCUUCCUGGAUCUCGCCGAAAUCUUGUCCGACUCUAUUGCAGACGUCAAGAUGACGAGGAUCACCUGGAUCAUUAUCGUCCUGAUUGUGCUGAGUAUCUUGGUGACCUGCACGGAAGUGUUCUUAAGAUUUGGCAUUCUUGCUGCAGGAAAGGGAAAGGAAGGGAAAGAUGCUGGAGCAGCGGUGUUGGCGGCCAUUGGUGUAGAUACGGGAGGGUCGUUUGGCGUGGGCGAGCUGUAA